AAUCCCCCUUUCAACCGUCCAUUUCCCACUUGAAUUCAGACCACCAACAGUAACGCAAAUCAAAAUGUCGCAACACACUCUCCCCGACCUUCCUUACGCCUACGAUGCUCUUGAGCCCUUCAUCUCGAGGCAGAUCAUGGAGUUGCACCACAAGAAGCAUCACCAGACAUAUGUCACUGCUCUCAACGCUGCAGAGGCCAACUACGUCAAGACGUCGACCCCUAAAGAGCGCAUUGCUCUGCAAGCUGCUAUCAAAUUCAACGGUGGUGGACACAUCAACCACUCUUUGUUCUGGAAGAACCUUGCUCCUGCUGCUUCUGAGGGAAAAGGCAAUGGUGGCGCGCUCAAGGAUGGUCCCCUGAAGAAGGCAAUUGACGAGGCUUUCGGUAGCCUCGACGCUCUCAAAAAGGAGUUCAACGCGACCACUGCUGCCAUUCAAGGUAGUGGCUGGGGCUGGCUCGGUUUGAACCCCAAGACUAAGCGCUUGGAGAUUACCACAACCGCCAACCAGGACCCGUUGUUGACCCACGUCCCCAUCAUCGGUGUUGACAUCUGGGAGCACGCUUUCUACCUCCAGUACCUCAACGUGAAGGUUGACUACUUGAACGCCAUCUGGUCCGUUAUCAACUUUGAUGAGGCCGAGAAGAGGUACACAGACGGUCUUUCGAGCAAGUUGUAAUGUGUUGCAUCGGAGAAAGCGGGAAAAAUGAGUUGGAAGCUUGAAGUUCUCUUGUUGUAAUUCGAUAAAUGAUCAGUGCAUUUUUGUACUCAUGUGCCAUUAAGGAAAAAAAAUUCUUCUUCUCCAUCCGUAG